GCUUCCCGGCGACGAGGGAGGAGGCCGAGUUCGACGCGGCCGAUGUCCGGCCCCACCUCGAGUGGGUCGCCGGCGAGUGGCGCUCCCCCGAGGACAUGGAGACAUCCAAGAGAACGCCGUAUGCUAAAGGAACACAUAUAGAAGUUGCCAGGUUGGAAGCUGAUUCUGUUGUCGCUUGGUUCCCUGCAAUUGUUGCAAAGCCUAUCUGGAAAAAUAACCUCUUGGUGGAGUACCCUUUCGGGAAGGGUAGUGAACUGUGCAAUGAGAUUAUCAACAUCAAGCACAUCAGACCUUGCCCGCCACGUGCAUCAGUUAUUAGUUUCUGCGUCAAUGAUGAUGUUGAGGGCUUCCAAGAUGAUGGCUGGUGGCCAGGGAAGAUCACUGAGAUCCAUCCCAAGUUAACAUAUACAUUUAAGUUAGCAACUUCAGGAAAGAAGGUUCAGUUACACCAGAACACACUGAGGCUUCGAUAUGACUGGACUGAUGACCAAUGGAAGCAAGUUGCACAGAAUCUGUCGGGAACAAAAUUCACAGGAGGCGACAGGGUUGAGGUGAGCAGCGACGAGGAAGGUUUCCACGGAGCGUGGUUCCAGGGGACCGUCGUCAAAUCCGUGGGACACAAGUUCCUCGUGGAGUACGAUGCGCUGAAGGAUGAUGACGAGAUCACGCCUCUGAAAGAAACCAUAGGGGAGGAGCACAUCAGGCCCUCCCCUCCUGCUAUCCCUGUCACCAACGGUUUCAAGGUCCUUGACGAGAUUGACGCCUAUACCAAUGAUGGGUGGUGGGUCGGCGUGAUAUCUGAGGUCCUCGACGACCAGAAGUACAAGGUUUACUUCAAGGCUUACAAGGAACAGAAUGACUUUGAGCUCGAGCAGCUGAGGCGUCACUGCGAUUGGGUGGGGGGAAGGUGGAUGCAGGCUUCCCCGGCGCUGGAGAUGUGACAGCUGAAGGGACACACGCAUCUUUGUACAGGAGCCUGGGAUAAUUAGUACUCCUACCCAUGAGAGUGUGGCUUCACUAGUUAUGAUGGUUGCUGAACUGAAGCUGUGUUAUGCGCAUAGAAAGGCCAGCAAAUCGGUAGUAGAUGGCCUUUCUGCAUUGCCAUUCCCGCAGCAGGUGAUCUAGAUGAGAUGUUCGUCGACGGGAGACUUUCACCGUCACAAGUAAGAUUUCGUCGUGCUUUUAUGUAAACCACCUAAGAACAAACCUCUGGGAACAUCGUCGCUAUUCACGAUUCCGCCUGAAACUUGUGCUGCGUUCGCUGUA